GCUAGUGUCGGGUUUUAUUUUUAUGAUCGCAGUGGGUUUCAAGACAAAAUCUUCUGAACCAAAAAUUAAAAUAACGUAAAUAUUAAAUAAUGUCUGAUGUAGACAAAAAAAAACAGCCUACUCCAAUAUCUUUUCUUAAAGGAUUUCUUGCUGGUGUACUAGUGUCACACAUUAGCAAGCGUUUUAUUCUUGGCCUUCUAGCAGGUACACUUACAGGGGUGUAUGCUGAACAAAAUUUUCAAGAAGUUCCUAAUGCGAAAGAAAAAAUUCAAAGUUCCAUUGCUUUUGUACAAGAAAUUUUUAAAACAAAAAAGUAAAUCGAUAAAUGGAAUCUACUUUAAAAUGUCCUGUUACCGCUUUACAUUUGUACAAAGAUUUCAUUUUGUCAGGACAAGGAUCAAUGCUUAUAAUCUAUUCUAAAAGAACACAUGAGAAAAUUUAUUCCAUAAAGUUACUUAGCAAAUCUAGAAUUUAUAAGUUUUGUCAAAAUCAACAUUUGGAAAACUUCUUUGUUGCUCUCGCUGGAAAAAGUUCAAUAUGUUUUUCGAUUGUUGAAAACGACAAUGGUUUAAUUGUUACUUUACAAAGUUUGGAAAAGAGCUACAAUGCUUGGAUGUGGGAUGGUUUUUGGGUAACACAAAACCAGAUUUUAUUAAUAUCUGCUCAUAACACUGUUAUUCUAUGGAAUUACGAGUCAAACACAACUAAAUUAGUUUCAAGUUGUUCUGAGCAAUGCAUUUUAUACUCAGCAACAUUUUCAGAGAUAGAGUAUGAAAUUUAUGUAGGCGUUGGUACAGUAUUUAACAAUGUUUUAGUAUGGAAAGUUAAACAUAAUCUGGAUGAACAUUAUUAUGAGGACACCUACAAAACAUUUUCAGGACAUGAGGGUGUUAUAUUUCGUGUUCGCUUUCAUGAAAAUAAAAAACAACUUUUAUCAGUAUCAGAUGAUCGAAGCAUACGGCUCUGGAAUAUUAAAGAUCAGAAUUGUUUAAGAAUUAUGUAUGGCCACUCAGCUCGUGUAUGGGAUGCACAGUAUCUUUUAGAUAAUAUUGUUAGUAUUGGUGAAGAUGCUGUUUGUCUGUUGUGGAAUAAAGAAGGUCUAAUUGAAAAGAAACUAAACACUCAUAAAGGAAAAAGUAUUUGGAGCCUAUCUGUUUCUGCUGGAUUGGUUAUUACUGGAGGGGGAGAUGGAUCCAUCAGAAUGCUAUGUUUGCAACAUGAACCUUUGCUAAAAAAAAACUUGAUUAAAUUGCCAAAUUUGAACUGUUCUGAAGAUAAUGAUUUUCCUCGUCAUGUGAAAAUACUUGAUGAAACUUGUUGUCUAAUAUUAACUAAUCAAGGGAAGUUCUACAAAUACGUACAACCUCUACACGAUUGGAUUCUUAUUGAUACAGAUGAAAGAUAUUGUUCGUAUAGUUGUGUAGCUUUGCUUGACCAAAUGGUUGCCGCUGGUAAUUUGUAUGGAGUUAUAAAGGUCUUUUUUUUAGACAAUUGUUAUCCUCCUAUUGAAAUAUCAGCAUUUGAUGGAAAAGUAUAUAACCUGCUUUGGCUUAAAGUUGCAAAAGAAACCUUUUUAUUAGUUUGUGGACCAGAAGGUGAAACAGUGUUAUACUCUCUCUCUUUAUCUUCUUUAAAACUUCAUUACAAAUUUGUUAUUCCGUAUUCACGACAAAGAUGGGUAACUACUGCAUUAAUUAUGGAACAUUUACAAAAUAUGUAUCUUAUCUGUGGUGAUCGACGUGGCUCCAUUCACCUUUAUAAUACUAAUUAUCAUGAUUCUGUUCAGGUUUUGCUAAAUGUGCAUGGUAAAACAGGAGUAACAUUCAUUGCAACCAAUAACAAUAGAAUAUUAACUACUGGACGUGAUGGUACUUAUAGAGAGUAUGAGUUAGAAAGCAACAAACUUACCUUAGUGGACAAACAAAAGAGUUGUAAAGGGCUGGAGUGGGUUGAAGGUAUUUGGAAAUUUGGCAAUGAUAUUAUUUUAUAUGGUUUUUAUAUGCAAUCUUAUUUUGCGGGCUGGAGCCCAAGACUGAAUGAAGUACUAUUUAAAAUAAAGUGUGGGGGAGGUUAUCGCUCGUGGGAUGUUUCUUUUUCAGAACAGGGUUCUGACAAAGCUUCAAAGUUGGUAUUCACUUAUCUCAAAGGAAUAACAAUUAAUAUUGUUUCAUAUGACUUGAAAAUAAAUUAUCAAGCUCUUAUUUUAGAGGAUCCUUUGCACGGGAAAGAAGUUACAAGUAUCAAAGUGUUGGGAAAGCGCUUAUGUGGAGAAACUUAUGAGUGGUUAAUGGCAGCAGCUAGUGAGGAUACAACAGUGACUUUGAUAUGUUAUAAUCCAGCUAAGAAAACAAUUGUUUUGCUUCAUACCUGUACAGGCCAUAUUGGUGGUGUUAAAGAUAUUUGUUUUGUUUUAGACAAGCAGUGUUUGUCAAAAAUAGAUGGUUUUUUAUUUUCAUGUGGGAGUAGGACAUCAUUAAAAUGUUGGAGACUUUUUUAUGAUAUAUUUGUACCAAUGAAAUCAUUGCCAAUGGAAUUAUCACCAUUUUACAAUGAAGCUGGCCAAACUUAUCAGGACCUAAAUGUUUUUAAAAAAACAAUGUCAUGUAGUCUUUUUACAGAAAUUUAUAACCCUGAGUUAAAAAAAAAAAAAAAAAACCUUGAUCAAGAAACACAAGAUGAUGUCAGAUUUUUAUCUUGCUCUUCAUUUAAGUUGAAUGAAAUUGCUGGAAAAGAGUAUUCUGUUCUAGAACAUAUUUUAUGUAUCUGUGCUUGCUCUGAUGGCGUUACUCGAGUGUACUUGCAAACCAAAUACAAUUUUAAACUUUUUUUAAUUUUGGAAUUUCACAAGCACUGCGUUCAAGCAGCUAGAUAUAUUAUUACUGAAAAAGCUCUUGUGUUUAUUAUUACUGUAGCUACUGAUGGAUAUCUAGCUGUGUGGAACAUAACCGAAGCAUUGAGUGAUUUUGUUUCCAAAAUGCAUGUUCAUGACUAUACUUCAGAAAAUAAAGAACAUUAUGAAAAUAAAAGAAUAAAAUUUCAUGACCUUUGUUUUCCUUGUUUCAAAAAUACAUCACCUGUCAUUUAUACAUCAUUGCAUCAAUCAGGAAUAAAUGCCAUUGAUAUAUAUUCUUGUAAAAUUGGAUAUCUCAUUGCAACAGGUGGAGAUGACAAUGCUUUAUGUAUAAGCUUAUUUAAUUUAAACUCCCUGCAGAUAUUAGCCAAAGAUCAAAAUGCACAUUUUUCACAAAUUACUGGUGUGAAGUUCAUUAAUGAGCACUUCAUUGUUUCAACUAGUGUAGAUCAAAGAGUUUAUGUUUGGAACCUUGAUAAUUUCUCUCUGAAACGUGUUUGUGAAAGACAUGUUAAUAUUGCUGACAUCAGUUGCUUAGAAAUUUGGAUUGAAAAUGGAAUAGUGUAUUUGGCUAUUGGUGGAAUGGGCGUUGAAAUAUUAUCCUUUAAUAUUUUGGAACUUGUUAAUUGUAUCAAGUAGAAGAUUUUUUUUUUGUAAUUUUAAUGGUUUAUUUAUUUCUCCUAUUGGUUAAUGUUACGAAUUGGAAAUAUUUUACUGAA